AUGACAGCAGAAGUAGAGACUGCCAUCUCCAACACUUCCUUCAACUGGCUCAAACAUAUUUGGAAUAUCAAAACUCCUCCAAAGAUCAAGGAUUUCCUCUGGAAGCUUGUGCGCAAAGCAAUCCCAGUGAGCUCAAAUUUAACUCGAAGUGGGAUCCCGGCGUUCAACUGUAAAACCUGCGAUGGGGAGGAGGACGAUAUGCACGUUUUCUUGACCUGCAGCAUUGCAGAGCAGGUUUGGAACUUGGCUCCUAUGGUGUUAAUACCAAACAGCUUCACUCCUUCGAUGAUGUCUCUCCUUGAGAUAGCAGAAACCUUCACGACUCUUCCACCGGUGGGACUAACUGUUCCACUAUGGCCAUGGAUUUUGUGGAGUCUCUGGAAAGCAAGAAACAAGCGAUGUUUUGAAAAUAAAACUUUUUCCGCAAUGGAAAUCAUGACGAAAGCUAUCACUGAUGCGAAAGAUUGGGAGGCAGCACAGCCCACUGCUACGGCAUCCAACAAGACUCACGACUCUGCUCCGGCCCUCGCUACCAACGCUCGCGCCUCUCCGACAUCACCAGAUACUCUCAUCUGCAAUGUAGAUGCAGCUUGGGAUGGUCGAACCGGUAACUGUGGCAUAGGAGGCGUCUUCUCGAGUGAAACACAACGCUCCAUUCCUGAUCAAAUCUCCACCUCCCGCAAACAUGUCUCCUCGGCGUUAAUGGCAGAAGCCAUCGCCAUCCGAUCUGCAGUCAUGUAUACUGCUUCGUUAAACAUUAAAUCUUUGAUGAUUCUCUCUCUUUGGUGA